AUGGAGGAUGUGUGCGCCAAGUUCGUGUCGCAGAAGAUCAGUAAGACGCGCUGGCGGCCCCUGCCCGCCGCCGCGCUCCAGCCCCCUGACGUCUUCGCCACCGGUUCCUGGGACAACGAGGAUAACAGGAUCUCGAUUUGGUCUGUUGGAGAUGUUGGAAACGCGGGCCUCAAUGGCGAAUUUCAAGCAGAACCUCAGCUGCUGUGUGACAUCAGGCACGAUGGUGAUGUCAUGGAUAUGCAGUUUUUGGAUCAAGAGAGAAUUGUGGUUGCCUCAUCAACAGGAACUGUAACUGUAUUCCGUCAUCAUCAAAAUAACCAGACUUUAUCUGCUAACCAGCGGUGGGAGAAAGCUCAUUAUCACGUGGAUCAAGAAAUAUCUUGUGGUGGCGCAGCAUGUACUGGUGUCAUCUGCAACAACCCAGAAAUUGUCACUGUUGGAGAAGAUGGUAGAAUAAAUCUCUUCAGAGCUGACCAAAAGGAUGCAGUAAGAACUAUAGACAAUGCAGACAGCAGUACGCUCCAUGCUCUGACUUUCCUUCGCACAACUGAAAUCUUGACAGUAAAUUCAAUUGGACAGUUAAAAAUAUGGGACCUCAGACAGCAAAGAAAUGAACCAUCUCAAAUAUUUUCUUUGACAGGUGACAGAGUUCCACUGCACUGUGUGGACAGGCAUCCCAAUCAGCAGCAUAUUGUGGCCACAGGGGGCCAGGAUGGGAUGCUGAGUAUAUGGGAUAUCAGACAGGAUACUAUGCCAGUGUCCCUGCUUAAUGCUCAUGAAGCAGAAAUGUGGGAAGUUCACUUCCAUCCCUCCAACCCUGAUCACUUAUUUACAUGUUCUGAAGAUGGAUCUUUAUGGCACUGGGAUACUUCCACAGAUGUAGCUGAAAAACCAUCUUUUCUUCAUCAAGGAGGAAGAAGUACUACCUAUUUUACCCACAGUAGCAUUAAUCAGUCUGUAGUAAGUGCCUGGCUAAGCAACGAUCCUACUAAAGACCGCAUGGAAAUCACCAACUUAAUUCCAAAUCAGACUUUGUCUGUGAAUACUUUAGAUGUUUUGGGACCAUGCCUAGUAUAUGGUACUGAUGCAGAGGCUAUUUACGUAAACAGACAAAUUUUCGCAUGAAAUGAUUCCAGUAGCCCUUUGAAAUAUUUGUCACCUUCAGCUACUGGGCGA